AGGAGAUUUGUCUUUAUAUUACAUUGGAUCUCUCCACACAAUAGACCUCUACAAACCUCCACCAUCUAAAACCUACAAAUACAAUACUUAAAUUGAAUGCCUCAACUUUUAAUGAGUGCAAUUUUACUAAAAAAAGGAAGAAGAGAUGUGAAAAACUACAAUUGCCGUUGCAUCCAUGAAUAAAAUCCCAUCUGGCUGUAAACGGGCAAAUCUGAGAGAGUCCCGAGAAAGAGCAGGCAACACCCCUCUGUUGUACAGAUGUGCCUAGGGUAACCAUUAAGAGCACAUCUGUUCAGCUCUACAGCGCUGUCAAAAUACCAGCAACAAACUAAAUGUCAACAGCCACACGUACAAAGGCAAACUCUCUACCGAAGUGCAGCGGCUCAAUGGCUGGCAAAGAAAUGAAGAACAAAGGUGGUAAAUGUCUAAAGGAAGUUCAUACAGUUACUGAAUCUCUGAAGACCCUCUACCGGCAAAAACUGCUCCCGCUGGAGAAGUAUUACGACUUCUCAGAUUUCCACUCAUCAAGCCUUGAAGAUGCAGAUUUUGACAACAAGCCCAUGAUAUUAGUGGUGGGUCAGUGCUCUACAGGCAAGACCACAUUUAUCAGAUAUCUUCUUGAACAAGAGUAUCCAGGAAGCCGAAUAGGCCCAGAGCCCACAACUGACAGUUUCACUGCCAUAAUGCAUGGAGAGAUUGAGGGAAUUAUUCAUGGCAAUGCUUUAACUGUUGAUCCCGACAAACCUUUCCGCAAACUCAGCUCGUUUGGAACAACCUUCCUCAAUCGGUUUCAGUGUGUGCAUCUGCCUAACCGAGUCUUGGAGAGUAUCAGCAUCAUUGACACACCAGGGAUUCUGUCUGUGGCCAAACGCAAAAUGAGCAGAGGGUAUGACUUUCCAGCGAUCAUCCGUUGGUUUGCAGAGCAUGUUGACCGCAUCAUCCUCUUGUGUGAUGCACACAAACUAGAAAUCUCAGAUGAGUUUUCACACACUAUAAUGGCAUUGCGAGGCAAUGAGGACAAGCUCAGAGUGGUGCUCAACAAGGCUGACAUGGUGGACUCCCAGGAGCUGAUGCGAGUUUAUGGCGCACUCAUGUGGUCACUCGGCAAGGUGUUCUGCACACCAGAGGUUCUGAGGGUCUACGUUGGCUCCUUUUGGUCCUCUCCAAUGCGCAUGACAGACAAUCGAAAACUGUUUGAGCAAGAAGAGGAAGACCUUUUUGCAGAAAUUCAGAAACUGCCACGAAAUUCUGCAGUGAGAAAACUCAAUGAUCUGGUGAAGCGAGCACGACUUGUGAGGGCCCAUGCUUAUAUCAUUAGCUCUCUAAAAGAAGAAAUGCCUUUAGUUUUCUGCAGAGAAAAGAAGAAGAGAGAUCUAAUCUAUGACCUUCCUAUCAUCUAUUCAAGAAUCCAACAGAGAUAUCAGAUUUCACCUGGAGAUUUUCCAGAUUGUGCCAAGAUGCAGGAGCGACUCAUGAGUCAUGAUUUCAAGUUCAAAGCCUUCAAGCCUAAGCUCUUAGCAGAGCUGGAUGAGCUCCUAAACACUGACACAGCCAAGCUAAUGCCUCUUCUGCACCAAGAAGAAGAAACCGCUGACCGACUUUUAGUGCAAGGAGGACCUUUUCUAGGGUCACAAAUGGGACCUUUUAUUGUGGGGAACCCAUUUAAUAACUAUGGAUCCAAUGAAGGAAAUGAUGUCUCAGAUGAAGAAUGGGUGGUAUCAAAAUAUAAACCAAAGUACGAUGAGAUCUUUUACAGCCUCUCGCCUCAUGAGGGAAAGCUGAGUGGGUCUAAAGUGAAGGGCUGGAUGAUGAGCACUCAUCUACCCAGCUCAGUUCUAGGACGAAUCUGGAAGCUCGCAGAUGUGGACCGUGAUGGCAUGUUAGAUGAUGAAGAGUUUGCUUUGGCCGGCCAUCUCAUUGAGGUAAAGUUGGAGGGCUUCGGGCUCCCUCAUGAGCUACCUGCGCAACUGGUGCCACCAUCCAAAAGACAGCACAAGAACUCUGGCACAGAGAUUAGAGACAAUAACGAUUAGUCUGCAUGUCUUAAUGUUUAUGAUAACAGUGUUUAUUCAACAUUUAAGUCAUUAAUAAUAUUAAACGAAUGUAUUCACUCCUAUAAUACCUAAAA